ACGCCAUUGGCUGGUGCCGGAGGCUCGCGGCCUGAGGGCGGAGCUUGGGCCUCGAGCAGGGGCAGGGCGUGGAGGAGGAGCCUACGCCAGCCGUGGGCGCAUGCGUGGGGCGCGGCCUGAGGGCGGGGUCGAGCCGUGGGUGCAGUUUCCUCUGGGAGUGGCGGCUCGUGGGCGGGACCUGGGGGCGGAGCCGGAGCCGUCAGUUAUCUUCUGCUGGGGCGGGGCCUGGGGCCGAGGAGGGCGCCGUUGGUUGGUCGGUGCGCGCCGAGGGGCGUGGCACAGGGCGCUGUUGGUUGGCUGGCGGCGGAGGGGCGUGGCGAAGGGGCACCGUUGGUUGGUCAGUGCGCGCGGAGGGGCGUGGCGCGGGGGCGCCGUUGGGUGGUCCUGGUGCGCGGGAGCCAUGGGGGGCCGGGGCGGCGGGGGCGGCAUGGCCCUGUUGCUGUGCCUGAGCCUGACAGUGGCGCUGGCCCGCGGCUGCCUGCAUUGCCACAGCAACUUCUCGGAUAAGUUCAACUUCUACCGCGACCACGUGAACCUCAAGUCCUGGUGGGUAGGCGACAUCCCCGUGUCGGGCUCGCUGCUCACCGACUGGAGCCAGGACACGAUGAAUGAGCUGCACCUGGCCAUCCCUGCGGAGAUCACGCGGGAGAAGCUGGACCAGGUGGCGAACGCUGUGUACCAGAAGAUGGAUGUGCUGUACCAGGGGAAGAUGUAUUUCCCGGGGUAUUUCCCCAACGAGCUGCGAAACAUCUUCCGAGAGCAGGCCGCAUCGAUUGUCAGCGUCACUGUGGUCGUCGGCGCAAUGGGAGAUGGCUGUGCAGGGUCUCCUCCGUUACAUAAAUAUAUGGCACAAACAGAACACCAAGACGAGGACCACUCCAGCCUUCCUGGUGUCGCCCAGCUUCACGUGUCUAGAGCCCCCAAACCUGGCCAACCUGACUCUGGAAGACGCUUCCGAGUGUCUGAUGCAGCACUGACGGCCGCCAGGCCUGCCGGACCCACCCCAGCUGUGAUGCGGGGCCAAGUCGGCUGGACUCUCCCAGCCCGCACAUGCGGAGCAGCCUGGCUGUUGCCUCGGGUCCUCGCCGCCAUCCAGCCGGGCCGGCCGGGAGGAGGGGAGGUGGGUUUGUAUAUAGUGUUGACGCCGAGUGGGACCACAGAGCUACUGGACGGAACGAUUAAACUCCCUGACCUUUCUCAUCUCGGAGUGGUCCUUGUGGGGCAGGGAGAACGGCGGGGGCUCGGGGGCUCGGGGGCUCGCAGGGCUGGGUCCCGGCAGGACGGCGGGGCGGGCUGGCCGGACAGCAGCCUCCACGGUGAGUCCAGGCGCAGCUGCAGCGGUGGACAGGCACACAGCUGACCAGCGUGCUCCGCGGCUGACUGCUCACCACAGCGAGGGAGGCCUGGGAGACCGGCACCGCCAGGAGACCACUCUGUCAGAAGAGCUGCCGCCAGCCAGGCAGGCCUCCGGCUCGGGCGCUCGCCCCUCUCCCCACCAGCUCCCUCUUGCUCUUGCGUCCAAGGGGGUCCCAGGACGGCUCUCGAGAGCUGAUGGACCCCAGCCCUGCACACGCCCUCCCGUAGCGGCUUCACUGACAGAACCCGGCACUGCUUCCCUGGGAGCGUCCGUGUCUGGGGUCGGGGAGAUGCGGCAUGGUUGAAAAUGGUGUGGGGAGCCUCAGGGACGUCCCGGGGAGACUGCAGAGUCUGGUGGCGGAGUCACAUGGCCCACGUGCUGGCAGCAGGUGGUGACAGCCAGGCUCUGGUGCUCCUGGUGCCCCCCCAUUGGCCUGCGCAGCCCGAGGGUGGCGAGGGCGGUGUGGAUGCAGGCGGCGCCUACGUGUUCCCACUGAGAGCGGGGAAGGAGCCUCCUGGCCAGCAUUUCUGGACAGGACAGUCUUCUGGAAGGGACAUUGGUGGGGCGCCCUGAGCUGGUUCAGCCUGGGCUGUCUGUGCCCGGCUCCUCGCCCUCCCACACUUUGGCAUUCAAAGUGGAGUUGAUU